CCACAAAACCCUAAACCCCUCACCCCACUUCGCGCGCCCUAGACUUUUACGGUACCGUAUCGUCCUCUCUUCUCCUCGCCGCCGUCGUCACCGCCGCUCUUGAAUUGCCAUCUCUGCGCUGUGUUCAUCUCUCGCUUUCUCUCUUGUAAUCCGUUGCUGGACCGAUUUGAAUCCAAAUCGGUUUGGUUCUUCUCCACCAUUCGGUUCUGUGAUCGAACCGAUUUCCGCUCCGGAUUUUUGUCCUUAGGGUUGCCAUUGCGUAUGUGUAUUUGAUUUUGGAGGGUGCUGGAGUUCUUCGCCAGCAAGCUUCUGAAACUUCCCUUUCACUAUUCUUCUAGCAAGCAAUGGCUCGUAUUGGAAACAAGAAGAAGAAGGGGUUUGUGAAGCCGAUUACAGCGAAGAAACAGUCUAAUGUGGAUCAUGUUACUGGGGAGAAAAUCCCGAAGAGUUUUGUUUUUUCUAGAGGGAAGUUACCUGGUCCACUCAGGCAACUGCAAAUGGAUUUGAGAAAAUUGAUGCUUCCUUACACUGCUCUCAAUCUUAAGGAGAAGAGACGGAAUAAUCUUAAAGAUUAUUUGAAUGUUGCUGGGCCCAUGGGAGUUACUCAUUUUCUUAUACUCUCCAAAACUGAAAGUGCACCAUAUUUGCGCGUUGCUAGGACCCCUCAGGGGCCAACACUUAACUUCAAAAUACAGGAGUAUUCGCUUGCAGUAGACGUUGCUCAAUCGCAAUUGCGCCCAAGAUGUCCAAAAGACCUUUUCAAGAAUCCCCCUUUGAUUGUGCUUUCUGGUUUUGGGACUGGAGAUCAGCAUCUGAAGCUCACUACUAUAAUGUUCCAGAACAUCUUCCCAGCUAUUGAUAUAAAUACAGUUAAACUUUCAUCGUGCCAGAGAAUUGUAUUGCUUAAUUAUAACAAAGACACAAAGCUCAUUGAUUUCCGACAUUAUUCAAUCAGAUUACAGCCUGUUGGUGUUACCCGUAGGCUUAGAAAGUUUGUUCAGAAUCAUCAAGUUCCUGAUCUUAGGAGUCUUCAAGAUGUGAGCGACUUUGUCACAAAGGCUGGUUAUGGGUCAGAAAGCGAGGCUGACGAUGAAGCAGCAACAGUCAUGUUGGCCAGUGAUCUAGGUAGAGUCAACCAAGCUUCUACGAAGAGUGCUGUCAAGCUUCAAGAGAUUGGACCUAGGCUGACUCUUCAGCUCAUUAAAGUUGAGGAGGGGUUGUGUUCUGGUGGGGUCAUCUUCAGUGAAUAUGGUGGUGAGAAAAAGCAGGAUUACAAGAGUGCUCAAAAGAAAAAGCAGGAAGACACUGACAGUGAUCAUGAUGAAGAUGAGGAUAUGGGUGAAGAUGAUAGCGAAGGCCUGGAAGUUGAUGAAAAAGACUAACUUACGCAUUUGUUCGGAUAAGAAUUCGUGGUAAUCCAUUUGCUUGACGAAGCGGGAACCGAUAGCCGAAUUCAACCAAGGGGGGAUAGCAACACUCUUGAAUCAAAUUACGUGGGACUGAGUAAGCUUCCUUAACUACUACUGCGUUAUCUGUUUCAGUUUAAGAGAUGUUCAUAAAAUCAAAUUUUGCAUUUCCUUUUACGAAAACGCUUAGGUUGUCACAGAAAACGCUUAGGUUGUCAUUAUUUGGGAAGAAAAUGGCUAUAUGAUAUGGGUUGUGUACUUAGCCAGAUGCUAGAUUUCAUCCAUCUACUGUUUGUAUAAAUGGAUUCUAUCAGUAAUGUUCUUUUGAUUACAUUAUCUAAGAACACUUUUGUAUUUGGAAUCCAACUGAAAAUUAGUAUCAUAUUCUGGUGAUGAUAGCAGAAUUUGUAUCACCAUUUGCCCAUCU